UUUAUAUCAAGUCCCCUUUUAGGGAGCGAGGGGCUUCCUGAGGGGCUGUUAUGUGACAAACCAUGGCUUCAGAUUUGACUCCUCUGUCACCAUCAGAGUCAACACCACCGCAGCCCUCGACCACCACCAUGUCCGUCGUCACCACGGCCUUGUCGACACUGACACCGACGGAUAUAUUUGAGCCAUCGUCAUCGUCGUCACUACUGGACUUGUUCUCCAACGGCCUCAUCCUGGAUCACAUCGUCCGCUACCUCCCGAUCCGGGUGAUUUUCGCACUGUGCCAGACCUGCCAGGAGUUGAGGUCGAUCCUGUUGUCCACGCCCAGCGUCUUUCGGUACGCCGACGUGUCGCGGAGCCGUGGCGCCUGGGUCGUCAUCCACCAACACAGCCCGCAGCAGGGGUUCGGCAUCGACAACGGAGGCAACCGGUGGCGCAACGUACGCAUGGACGAGGCCCUGACCGAGGACGACUUUUACUCAGGCCCCUUGAGGGGGGUGCUCUCCAAGCUCGGGAGGUUCAAGGUCCUCGCCAACGUGCAGACUCUCGUCAUGGACAAGCUCGCCUCCGUGACCAACGACCUUUUGCACGAACUCGUCACGUCCCCGGACUACCACGUCCGCCUGCUCAGCGUCAGGGGUUGCCUGAACCUCAACGAGACCAAACUCCAACAACUCCUCCGGCACAUCUGUCGACCCUCGCGGCCCGAAGGUACGCCUCGCCUCCAGGGCUUGUACGUGUUCCAACCUCCCCCGCGGGUUUCCCCGUCCUCCUCUUCUCCCUCACCACACACCGCCACCGCUGUAGACCACGCCGGCGACCACCGAGCCGUGCGGAACGAAUCCGGCCCUCCUCCCUUCGGGUUCGCCGGCCACCUGGUCGUGAACGAGCCCAAGUCCAGCUUCGACCCGGGCGGGGAUUACUGUCUGUGGUACGAGCCCAAUGGCCAGGCCAUCGUCACGGGCCACAUGCGGCGGAGCUCGUGGGAGGAGACCCUCGCCGCGUGCUCGGGCGUCGUCAACUUUGACGCCGUCCUCUGCACGCACAUGCACGCCGACAUGAACGCCGUCCUCCACCCGGCCUCGAGGGAGUACCUGGACGACAACAAGCCCGGGGUCCCGCCCCUCGCGAGCGUCGCCCUGGGCCCGUCGGGGUGCGCAGGGUGCGGCCGCGCGCCGCCCGGGACGCCGGUCUGGGGGAGGUCCUCGCCGAGGGAGUUUCCCCUCCUCUGGCCUCCUCCGUGGUCAGGCAACCUCGUCGAUGCCGUCCGUCCGCCGCCGCCGCCGCCGUUGCACCUCCACCACGACCCGGACAACGCCGACACCGACGGUGAUAGCCAUACCGAGCAGCCACUUCCGCCGCAGAGAUUGAUCGCCUCGUGCGCCUGGUGUCUCACCAAUCGGUACUGCGAGAAUUGUCACAGAUGGUGGUGCAAGGAUUGCUUUAACCCGUCGUCAUCAUCGUCGUCGUCAUCGGAGACGAGGACGACCGAGCCAAACACAAAACCGAAAGCACAACCGAAAACAGAAUCGGAAUCAGAACCUGACUAUUAUACAACGGACCCUCGACGACGACGACAACCACACAUGCCCAUCCCCAAGGGCAGCCCCGCCGUCCAGCGAGACUGUUACGAAUGUGGUCGACUGUGUGGCCUUUGCGCCCCUUUAUCCAGGAGGACAUGCAAACGUUGCAAGAGCGUGUAUUGUGUGGAUCACAACACGGGAUGUGAUGAGACGAAUUGCGAUUGGUGUAUGUUUCGUGGUGGACGAAGAUACAGAGACCUUUACUGAGAGAGAGAGGAACAGAGAAAGAGAAGGCCUAGCGAGACGACGGAGCAGGUUGUUGAAACAGCAAAACAAACACCGAUUCAUCGAUUCAAGCUUACAAAAGUAUCAAGCUUGCGCCACUGAGAGUUCGCCGAAUUGAGAAGUUUUGUCAGAUGAUUACGAUGGCGAAUUGUGUUUCAAACAAGGAAACGAAGACCAUAAAAGAGACAAGUUCAGCCAUCACGGGAGAUGACUUUUGUAUUCGAGAUACCCACAAAAUAUGUCUCUU